CCUUCUCCAUCCGGGUGCCGCGGCGCGGGUAAGAGCUGGACCGCGCCUGCGCGCACAGCCCCAUUCCUUCGACCUCUGCCGCCGCCGCCGCCGCCGCCUAGGAAGAGAGGAAGCGCGAGACGAGCCCGCGUCGCCUGUCACCCACGUCGUCCAGCCUCACUGCCCCGAAGAGUGUAAGAUGUUCGCCUGCGCCAAGCUCGCCUGCACCCCCGCUCUGAUCCGAGCUGGAUCCAGAGUUGCAUACAGACCAAUUUCUGCAUCAGUGUUAUCUCGACCAGAGGCUAGGACUGGAGAGGGCUCUACAGUAUUUAAUGGGGCCCAGAAUGGCAUGUCUCAUCUAAUCCAAAGGGAAUUUCAGACCAGUGCAAUCAGCAGAGACAUUGAUACUGCUGCCAAAUUUAUUGGUGCAGGUGCUGCAACAGUAGGAGUAGCUGGUUCUGGUGCUGGUAUUGGAACAGUCUUUGGCAGCCUUAUCAUUGGUUAUGCCAGAAACCCUUCACUGAAGCAGCAGCUGUUCUCAUAUGCCAUCCUGGGAUUUGCCUUGUCUGAAGCUAUGGGUCUCUUUUGUUUGAUGGUUGCUUUCUUGAUUUUGUUUGCCAUGUAACAAAUUAGUGCUUGAAAUGUUGGUGUUCAUAUUAAUUACGGAUGUAAUUCUGUGUAUCUUACUGUGACUCCAAAAACUAUAGUGUUGGGGUCAUGGAAAUGUAUAUUUCCAAGGUCAUUUCAUUAAAGAUGAAAACUUUAA